AAAAAGAAGAGCAGAUUUUAAAAAAUCAGCCCAAACUGUCUAAUCAUAUAUCUGAAUCAAAUAUCUGUGAGGCUGUAAAAGCAGCACUCUGAUGCAUGAAAUCUCCUCUCAUCAUUCACUUCACAUCAUCAUAAUGUCACACAGAUGUUUUUCUGGACCACUGAUGCUGCUGAAUAGUUAAUUGUCAGUCGGUGGGUGACGACUUGUUUUGCUGUUGGCUCCCUCUCUGAAUCCUCCUCACACGUGAGUGCGCGGCGGAAGACGGAGGAGCCUCCCUCUCGGCCUUCAGGAGGGGCUGAAGGUGACUCUCCUCUCGGGCUGGGAUGCAGAGGGAACUGCUGGGGGUCCGUCCGGCCCGCUACACGGUCCUGCUCCGGGAAUAACGGCACACACCUGCUGGAGGGUGGGAAGUGUAAAAGCGUUCACCAAAAUCCUGCGACCGUGUUGCGUCUGAACGGGUCGUUUUCUUCUUUAUAGAGGACACCAGCCAUCAGGAGAGAGCGGGUAUCUCCUCCAUCUAUCUCCAUCUGUGUGUCUGCGUCUGGCUGGUGGGCUCCGGUGGUGGGUGUGCAUGCAUGUGUUCUGCACCGUACGGGCGGAAAAAGCGCCCAAGAUCCGCAGGGAUCAUUUUUCCCAUCAGUAAAGUGGCGCAGACGGAGCCGGAGCGCCGGGAGAGCACGGAGGGGGCCGUGGACGGCAGCAGGAUGACUGUCCAGGAAUUCAACACCCUCGUAGCGCUGUACCGGGAGCAGGUCAUAUCGGUCGGGGAGAUCUCCGCCGACUGUCCGUCUCUGCGGGCUCAGAUGCACCACACACGGUCCAAAGGAUGCUCCAUGGCCCGGGCUGCACACCAGAACCUCGCCGUCAUCUCUGUGUCAGGUCCAGAGGACGGAGAGAUCCACCCUGAGAUCUGUCGGCUCUUCAUCCAGCUGCAGUGCUGCCUGGAGAUGUUCAUAACCGAGAUGCUCAAAUCCAUGUGCCUGCUGGGGGUGCUGCAGCUGCACAGAAAAACCGCCAUCUCUGUUCUAACCAAAGGAACAGACUCUGAGCCAAAGGUGGACUUCAGGAUGGAUGAAAGCUCCGACGUUCCCAUCCUGGAAGACCGAUCCUCCUCCCCCAUCGACUUUCUACAGGAGCAGUGGAUGGUGGGAACCGAUAUCGAAAAUAUAGAGAGAGAUAUGCGUGAGAUGAGAAACCUGCUCAGCAAACUCAGGGACACGAUGCCAUUGCCUCUGAGAAACCAAGAUGACAGCAGCUUGUUGAAUUUGACUCCACACCCACUGGUCAGACAGAGGAAGAGACGCUUCCCUGGACUCUGCUGCAUGGUGUCCGGCUGAGAGUCUGAACCCAGCACAGUUGACACACAGGAAAGGACGUUUAUUUUAUCAUACCUUGUGAUGUAUAUUAAAGAAGAGAUUCACAAAUCCUCUUACACGUUUUUAUUUUAUUUUAUUUAAAUUCAAUUUGUUUUCAUAUUAUCUGAAAUUGUAAUCUCAUAGUAUCUGUUAUCUGAUUGACAUUUGUCUUUUUCACCUUAAUGUUUACUUUUUUGGCUGGUUCUACCACUCGCAAACACCAGUUUGAUCCGCUUUGUUGCGUAAACUUUCUGGCUUUGGUUAUUUUUUAAAUUUAUUUUAUGAAGACAAGUAUAACACACACAUAUUACUCAGUGGAAAGAGGGAAUAGUGAUGAAAUAUUAAAAUAAAACAAAAUAAAGAGAGAGAGCAGCUGCCCUAUGUGCAAAGGCUCAGUC